CCCCCCGGGCGGGAGGGGUUGGUGCGGGGAGCAGUCUCUGCCUGCCCGGGCUUGCAGUCUUGUGGGCAGGUAUGUGACGGGGAGGCAGAGCUGUAGCGCGCAGGAUCCCGCAGCCCGGACGCCUCGUGUGAAGCUGGCUGUAGGAGGACAAUGUGUCCCGCGGUCCGGCCCCCCGCCCCCUGACUCUGCCCUCCCCAGGUCCGCACACCAGCAGCUGCAGGGCCGGCGGGACUCACCGAACAGACGGGGCUCCCGCACCUGGAUCCUGGAUGCUCGGCAGGCGGCUGUGCACCAUGGGCGGCCCCGGGGAAUAGCGGCCGCCAACAUGGAGGGAGGGACCGGAGCCUUCCUAGCGCUCCCCGCUCUACAGGCGGCACCGGCGGGCAGGAUGGCAUCAGGAGAGGAUCUGCAGGAGCUGGAGAGAAUAAUGAAGUCCUCGCUUCAUUUAGAGGAAGAUGACUUUGUCCCAGAGCUACCCCGCAGUAUUCACCCCCGGGAGCGUCCAGACUGGGAGGAGACCAUCAGCGCCAUGGCGCGAGGAGCUGAUAUUCCGGUUCCUGGAGAAAUUCCCAUUGCCACAGAACUCCCAAUGAGAUCCUGCAGUCACACUGCAAGCAUGAAAGUCAAGAAUGUCAAAAACAGAAUAUCCUUCACUAAGGGUCACUUCCCAAAAAUGGCUGAAUGCGCUCACUUCCAUUAUGAGAACGUAGACUUCGGCUGUAUUCAGCUCACAUUGACAGAGGAGCAGAGUGAACAAAGCAGAAACGGCUGUGAAUCUAAGGAGCUGGUCUUCCUUGUACAAGUCGCAUGUCAGGGCCGGAGCUGGAUAGUUAAACGAAGUUAUGAAGAUUUCCGGGUGCUGGACAAACACCUUCAUCUUUGUAUAUAUGACCGCCGCUUCUCUCAGCUCUCAGAGCUGCCCCGGGCCGACUCCGUGAAGGAUAGCCCAGAGCUGGUCACGCAGAUGCUGAUGGCUUACCUGUCACGCUUGUCAGCCAUCGCCGGGAACAAGAUCAACUGUGGACCAGCCCUGACGUGGAUGGAGAUCGAUAAUAAAGGUAACCACUUACUAGUACAUGAAGAAUCGUCCAUCAAUGUUCCUGCCAUUGCUGCCGCCCACGUCAUCAAACGCUACAACGCACAAGCUGCUGAUGAACUGUCCUUUGAGGUUGGAGACAUUGUAUCUGUUAUUGAUAUGCCCCCAAAAGAACUGACCACGUGGUGGAGGGGAAAGCAUGGAUUCCAGGUCGGUUUUUUCCCUAGUGAAUGUGUGGAGUUAAUUAAUGAUAAGGUUCCCCAGUCAAUGACCAACUCUGUCCCCAAACCAGUCUCCCCUGCACACGGAAUGAGGCCGGCGUCCUGGAGCUACUUCCCCCCCUAUUUGGAGAUGGAUAGUGUAAGGCCAGGGCCAGCAUGCCUUUCUGAGGUCCCCAGCCCCUACAAGCUCAGCUCAGUGUCCCGGAAACACGGCAAGCUCAUCACAUUCCUCAGGACCUUCAUGAAGUCCAGACCCAGCAAACAGAAGCUGAAGCAGCGAGGGAUCCUGAGGGAACGUGUGUUCGGGUGCGACCUCGGAGAGCAUCUGCUGAACUCCGGCCAGGAUGUCCCCCAGGUCCUCCGAAGCUGCACAGAGUUCAUAGAGAAACAUGGAAUUGUGGAUGGAAUCUAUCGCCUGUCUGGGAUUGCCUCCAAUAUUCAGAAGUUACGACAUGAGUUUGACUCGGAGCAGAUCCCAGACCUGACAAAAGAUGUCUACAUCCAGGACAUUCACUGUGUAGGAUCCUUGUGUAAGCUCUACUUCCGCGAGCUGCCCAAUCCUCUCCUCACCUACCAGCUGUACGAGAAAUUCUCUGACGCUGUCUCUGCUGCAACAGAUGAAGAACGACUUGUGAAAAUCCAUGAUGUCAUCCAGCAGCUUCCUCCUCCACAUUAUCGGACGCUGGAGUUUCUUAUGCGCCAUCUUUCUCGACUGGCAACCUACUGCACCAUCACCAAUAUGCACACCAAGAACUUGGCCAUCGUCUGGGCACCAAACCUGCUUCGGUAUGGGACCGUUACUUCCCGCUCAAAGCAGAUUGAGUCUGCGUGUUUUAGUGGGACGGCAGCCUUCAUGGAGGUUCGGAUCCAGUCGGUGGUUGUGGAGUUUAUCCUGAACCAUGUAGAGGUGCUCUUCAGCCCCAAGCUGAGCUCUGUGAUACGUGAAGGAGCAGGUCACACGUCUCUGUCACGGCCAAAGUCUCUCCUUGUGUCUUCACCUUCCACCAAACUACUCAGCCUGGAAGAAGCCCAGGCCCGGACACAGGCACAAAUAAACUCCCCAGUUGUGGCAGACAGCAAAUACAUAGAAGUGGGAGAAGGGCCGGCCGCACUGCAGGGCAGGUUUCACACAGUCAUUGAUUUUCCAUCAGAGAGAAAAAGACCACCCCCCAAGAUGAAAAAGUCUCCGGUGGGCAGCUGGCGAUCAUUCUUCAACCUGGGCAAGUCCUCAUCAUCGUCAUCAUCUUCCGCAAUGUCAAAGAGGAAGCUGACCCGGAAUCCGAGUGAACCAACCGAGAUGAAGGCCAUGGCCUUUGCAGGCGGACGAGUAGACACGGGGACCAUGCGCUCGGCCAAAAGUGAAGAGUCACUCAGCUCCCUGCAUGCUGCAGAUGUGGAGUCCAAGCUUUUCCGUCCUCGGCGCCCACGAUCCAGCAGUGAUGCUCUAUCUGCUUCAUAUAAUGGAGAUUUACUGGAAAGCUGUAAUCGCUGCAACUCCUAUGAUAACCUGCCUCAUGAUCAGGACAGCGAUGGGGAUGAAGGGUUAAUUCAUAUGCCCGCCAUGUUAUCCACACGAUCCCAUGAAGAUGAAGAUCUGAGUCCCCCUGAUAUCGGAGUGGCCAGUUUAGAUUUUGACCCAAUGUCUUUCCAAUGCAGCCCACCCAAACUAGACAGCGAGGGCUUGGAUAGUCACAAUAUCUUCCUUCUAGACUGCUCACCAAACAGCAGCAAAGAGCGUGUACAAGGUGGACAUCAAGCCUCUGCCAGCGGCCACAGCUCGGAGCCCAUGUCCCCGUACCAGGAGCGGAUCACCAGUCCCUUCCUGACACCUGACCGUAGUCCCAGUGCAGAAAAGAUUCCAAAAGGCCCAUCUUUUGCCGAAAAGGUGGUGCAAGCCUUCUCACCAAAGGUGGGGCGCAAAGUGAUUAGAUCUCCACCAUUAACCAUUUCAGAACCAGUCACUGUCUCACUGCCUAGCCGGGUAUCAGAAAUGAUUGAGAUUAUGCAGGGAAAUGGCGGAGCUGCUCAGUCUCUUGUAUGGUGCAAGGAUAGUGGCUCUAGAGACCUGGCAACUAUUCCAGCCGUUAUGUACAGAUCUGUGGACACAGACGCUGAACACUUUCCCACGUCAACAGCUGCAGAAAUGUCUAGGACGGAGGACUCUGUUGUAACUUCUCAGUGGAACAGCCCUGGAUUUGAGACAGAAGACAAUGCGGGAAAUGCAUCUCCAGGAAUGCCCCACGCUGCAUGCAGCACCGAACACUUGUUUACUGGCAGCCAGGAGUUCAGUAGCAGCCACAUAGCUGGAUCAUCUCAGAACAUGGAAUUAUUAGGAAUCGAGAAUACUUGUGUUCCCAGCCUGCCGACACCCCCAGGAUUUUCUGCGGUGGAGUCUCCAUUGGAUCCUGUCCCAGUUACCAGCGUUUCCUUCAUUCCUCCUCCACCACCUCCUAAAAAUGCUGCUCGUAUGCUGGCCUUAGCAUUAGCGGAGUCUGCACAACAAGCUUCCAGUCAGAGGAGACCCCCCUACCUGCAGUUUAUGGAGUUUCCUCUGCCUCCUCCACCAGAAGAAGAGCCUCCCCCAGAUUUUCCUCCUCCAGAUUUCCCUCCUCCAGAUUUUCCACCACCAAUACUUUCUCCUUCCCUAAUGCCAGCGGCAUCUGUAUCCCCUGAGACAAGUCCUGUUCCUACUACAGCAAACACCCCCAGCACAUCGUCCUUCUCCAUCACCACCAUCCAGUACAGUCCAGUGAGAAGUCACAACACUUUACCAGGAGAAAGUCCGUCCACGGUCACCCCAGGACUCAGUCCCUCCUCACAGGUCCCAGGAUCGAUGUUCCCUGAUGAGAUGACACCUCCCAGGCCAUGUGAAGCCAACUCCAGUUACCCCGCAGAAUUCUGCACUCCAUCCCCUUCCUUGGAUACACCUAGCCCAAGGCCUCUCUUUAGCCAGCGCUCAGAGUCCUUUCCUUCCCAUCCUACUCACAGUACCGGACCACCAGCGCCCCCAGUCAGAACCAUGGAUUCUCGUCUGGCCACUGCCCUGCACUCCAACUACAAUGAUACCAUCACAGCGAGCAAUUACCACUCCUUCCUGAGUACAAUCACCCUGCCAUCAUCUCUUGAGGAUGCUCUGCCCAGACACAACUAUUCAUCUCAUAUGAAGUCAGAGAGCCUGAUGGAGCAAGGUGCCAGCUACAGACAUCCUUAUCCUUCUCAGCCUAAAGCAGAAGAAAAGCUUGACAUUGGGGAAGGAUACAGACACUCAUAUCAACCCUCCAAUAAGCCUGAGAGCACAGAGCUUGCCUACAGAAACCCAUAUCCAUCUCCGGUGGAAGCAGAAAAUCUCAGUGAGGCAUUUGAUGCUUUUGUGCAUCCUAAACCAUCUGUAGUGCCAAAGUCUUAUAAAGCAGAAAGUGCUCCACUGCAUAUGCCGCCGACACAACCAUACGUAUCCCGCUGUGAGACGCCUUCUUCAAAUUCUACACUUUAUGGCACCUAUAUCAACCAGGCCAAGCACCCAGGACUACAGCAUUCUCGUACAAGGAGUCGGACAGAUUAUAUAUCAUCCAUAAGUCCAAGUCUACGCACCUACUCAGAGGAAGCUCCACCGUAUCCGACCAUAAGACGGGUCCAGUCCUUGCAUGUGCCUAUACAACCUCCUCCUCCUCCAAUGCGUACAGUUCCUAUUUCUAGAACAGAGGUCCCACCAGAUGAUGAGCCUGCAUAUUGCCCACGCUCUGUUUACCAGUACAAAGCAUGCCCACCCUUCAGUUCUUCCUCAGAUUAUCAUGUUACUCAGCUGCAGCCUUACUUUGAAAAUGGUAGGGUACAUUAUCGAUACAGUCCCUUCUCGGGCAGCACCACUUAUUACUCUUCAGAUGGCACUUUCUAUGAUAUGGACCCUUACAGCACAUUGCGUUUGCGUCAGUACCAACUCUAUCCUAGUCGUGACUUUGCGUCUUAUACUACAAGAUUGCCACCCAAGUCCACAUAUCGUUCACAAGUGUUGGCACCAUAUCCCAGAGGCAGCCUGCGUGAGCACAAUUUUAUUAGCAGAGAUGUCCCCCCUGCGUUACCCCCAGAACAUUCUAGACCUCUUCACAUCUCCUGGGAUAUGGAGGACAUGGACAGGUACAGAUUACAGUCUCUGAGACGCGACAACCGAGCACGUCAAAGAUCUAAGGGACCUGUGAUGUCUCAGUACGAUAACGUUACCCCGUCCUUGGUGGAGGAUAUAGCAGGACUGGAUGUCAUACAUUUGAGAAGCAGGUCUGACCCAGGGAAAACUCCAGGGCUUCUAAGUGUUGCUGAAUCUAAAGAUGUUCGCUACACAGGAAAAGCCGAGGCUGAUGAGCGCCUGGCACAUCCUCUCCCGACUUAUGGAAAUGGGCCCCAGGAUAAACCAUCGCUACCCCAGAAGCAGAGCGGAGGGACUAGGAAUCGCUUGCAGCAUGACUUUCCCUCUGAGCUCCGGAAUCCACCGCAGCACGAUGCUGGACAUAGACAGUCAUCUGAUGGACGGAAUGGUCCUACGUUCCCACCUGCUGAAUACAGCUCUAAAACAUUGCCACUGCCUUCUGAGCCCACAUAUCAGUCUAACAGCAAAUACAAUGUGAACUCACAGGAACCAAUAAGACUUAAUCACAAGGAAAAGAGACUGACAGAGGACAAAGAGCGCUCACUUGCCAGACUGCCUGACAGCUCACACAGAGACUGUUACAGAGAGGACAAGGCUCAGUCUGCUACCGCUCCACCCAAACCAGAGAGGAGCCACAGCCUCAGAGGCCACAACACAGAGACUUUGGAGAGAGACCCUGCCAUCUUCUAUCCCUACCAAACACUCCACGGAAAGCUGCACAGCUCUAUAGGCACAUUAUCCCAGUAUGAUAACGUGGCAGAUUACCAUUCCAUCCCCCACCAUCGAUCAACAAGCCAAUCUAACCCAAAUGCCUUCCCCCUUCCACAUGGCCGGACCUAUGCGACUGCAUUGGGUCAGGGAGCUUUCCUAGCUGCAGAGUUGUCCCUACAGAGGUCAGAAGCGAAAGUCCAUGCGGAGUGAGGUGCUGCCAGGGGGUAACGGGAGGGUUCACGUGGAAAGAGAACUUCAUUCUUAUUAGGCAGACCCCUGCUGGACAGCGGACUGUUUUAUUUUUUCAAAAGACAAAAAAAAAAAAAAAAAAUUAAAGAAAACCAAA